UUCAUCAUCUCCUCCAUUGUUCCAGACCCGCGCUUCCUUCAAACCCACGCAUUCUCUUCCACAAUCUCCUCCCCUGUUCCUCACCAACCUCAUCACCCAAAUCAUUCAAACCCUAAUCCAAACCAAAACUCCAUUCGCCAUGGGCGAACCAGACGAAGUCCCGCCAUACUUCAUCUGCCCCAUCUCUCUCGAAAUCAUGAAAGACCCCGUCACCAUCCGGAGCGGAAUCACCUACGACCGUGACAGCAUUGAGCGCUGGCUCUUCAUCGACCGCCGUCUAACUUGCCCUGUAACAAACGAACCCAUCCCUGCCGACGCCGAGCUCACCCCGAACCACACCCUCCGCCGUCUAAUCCAAUCAUGGUCAUCCCUCCACGCCGCCAAUCGCAUUCCCACCCCACGCCCACCAGCAGACCUCGAAACCGUUCAAAAUCUCCUUCGCAAUCUCUCCCCAUCCUCUCUCUCCCUUCUCUCCUCCCUCGCCGCCGAAUCAGAAUCCAACCGCCGCCUUAUCAUUCGAGCUGGCGCUCCCCGCCGCCUCAUCUCCUUCCUCCCCACCGCCUCCAUUUCCCCUGCGGACUCCACCCUCGCCCUCCUCCUCUCCCUUCGCGUCCCCCAAGACGACCUCAAACCAUUAAUCUCCGAGAACCACGAACUCAUCAGCUCCCUUAUCCCUCUCAUCCCACAAUCCUCUUCCGCCAUCCAAUUCCUU